UGCUCAGUGUAUUCAAAAGUCAAUUUUUAUAAAUAAUUAAUUAAACUAUGAGGAAUUAAGGUAUUACGUUGCAGUUCAAAUCGUUUGUGCACAAUUUAUAAGUCGAAAGAAUUGAUAGGUUGGAAUCACUUCCAUAUUGGCCUUUAGCCGUAUUUCAAUGAAUAUGGUCUACGAAACAGAAGAUCCGCUGGCUGAACCCGAUAAAAAUGAAGAGUCUGGGGAAGAAUACACUUUUUAUACUCCGUUUAAAUUUGAACCAGAUCCACGCGGUCUUGGAAAUUAUUUGUUUAAUAGAAUGAAGAAACAUAGACAUCACAUAGCACAAUAUAUUGCUGAUACUGACGAAGAACAAACCUAUGCGGAACUUUUACAACGUUGUGUACGCACAGCCUGCCACCUAUCAACCAGAAGUUUAACCAAGGACGAUGUCGUUGUGCUUUGUUCUUACAACCAUAAAGAAAGUUCAGUGCCAUUCAUUGCUAGUCUAUUCUUAAAUGUUCCAGUAGCAUCUAUGGAUCCCACAUUAUCUCUUAUGGAGUCAGCUUAUUUAUUGAAGGAUGUAAGACCCAAAAUCAUUUUCGUAGUUCCUGAAGGUUUGGAACUUAUGGAAACUUCAGUUAAACAAGCAGGGCUCGACACAGAAAUAGUUGUUUAUGGCUCAUCUGACACUCACACGGAAUUCUCAAGCUUUUUAGAACCUCAUGAAAAUGAAGAGAAAUUUGCUCCAACGGAAGCAGAUAGUUUGAAGGACACUGCUGUUAUCAUGUUUAGUAGUGGCACUACUGGACUGCCAAAAGGAAUUAUUCUUAAUCACUUAGGGCUUUUGGGGCAGGCAUUACUUCUACCGAUCUGUGGCAGUAUUGGAACUAUAUAUUUAACUUACUCAACGCUAUACUGGAUAUCGGCCGUUUUAUACCAAUUGGCAGGUAUCAUUAUUGGUGGAGCAAAAGUUACAGUGCAAAAGAUGGAUCCACACGAGACGUGGAAACUUAUUGACAAGUAUAAAGUUACUUCUCUGUUUGGUGCUCCAUCGCUAGCUGCAGCUCUAUUAAAAGUUGGUCGCCCCGACGGUUUGGAUACCAGCAGUUUAUGGAGCUUUAUCGUCGGUGGUGGGUAUUUUCCGAAGCCACUACUUCUAGAGCUCCGUGAUCUGCUCCCAGGAACUUUUGUGUAUAAUGCAUACGGACAGACGGAAGUUAGUGGAGUGUCGACGACUUUCAAAACUGCAAAUGUUAAAGAUACGUUGUAUUUGCAUUCGAAACCAACAUCUGUUGGAAUGGUUAUACCAGGAAUAAAAGCAAAGGUUGUUGAUGUCUUUACAGGAGCAAUUUGCGGACCAAAUGAAGAAGGCGAGCUCAGAAUUAAAUCAGAGUUCCUUAUGAGUGGCUAUCAUAAUCACGAUACCUCAGAUUCUUUCGAUAGUGAGGGUUGGAUGAAAACUGGAGAUAUUGUUACCUAUGACGAAGAUGGUUGUUUUUAUAUCAAAGACCGAAUAAAAGAAAUGAUAAAGUACAAAGGAUUUCAAAUUGCACCUGCCAUGCUAGAACAACUUAUUAUGACCCAUUCAUCAGUCGCUCAAGUUGUAAUAAUUGGGAUACCUCACGAUGCAGACGGCGACCAUCCUAUGGCUGUCAUUGUCCCAAAGGAAUCUUCAACAGCAUCUAUAAACGAAGAAGAUAUCAUCAAAUUCGUAGACGAAAGAGUGUCAGAUACAAUGAGGCUUAGAGCAGGAGUAAAGUUUGUUAGUUCUAUUCCUAUGACCCCUUCGGGAAAAAUAAGAAGAAGAGAUGUAAAGAAAAUGGUGUUAGACGGGAAUCUUUAACAUUUUAAUUUUUUCUGAAUAUGGAUUAUUUAAUAGUAUUAAUAAUAUUAAUUA